AUGGCCGCAGGUGAACCCAGUGCCAAUUGUACUGGACUCUGGUUUUCUCUCAAAUAUUACUUUGUGACCAUUCUUCGCCGAUAUCAGAGGUUGCCCACAUAUGGAAAGCUUUUGAUAUGGCUGGUCACACUAUUCUACCUCUGUUUAGGAAUAUUUGUUAUCGUCGUUUCGCCGAGUCGCAUUGCACAGUUCCUGUAUGAUCAAGCCAAGAAGUUAUCCGAAACGAGGUUCGGUUGGCUUGUCCUCGGGGGCGCGAUUAUUCUCAUCUCAUUUCCUCCGAUGACUGGGCACUCGACUCUGACGACUUUAUGUGGCUUUGCAUAUGGCAUGAAGGGUUUCGCAAUCACCGCAGUCGCAUCUGUUCUUGGUUCUGCGCUUGCCUUUACGAUAUUACGGACGCUUUUUACCGCAAGACUUCGCUCAUGGUCAUCCAAGAACGAGAAGUGGCAAGCACUCGAGUCUGUUAUGAGAGCAAAAGGUCUUUCUUUAAUCAUUCUCGUCCGAGUGAGCCCCUUCCCGCCAUGGGUGUACUCCAAUUCCUUGUUUGCUUCAAUAGAAUCCGUUUCGUUAUGGCAAUUCGUUGUAGCCACCCUGUUCAUCUUCCCUAAGUUGCUAUUGCAAGUCUUCGUUGGCUCUCGUAUCGCAGCACUAUCCGACGGUGAUAGUAGGGGCCACAUGGACAAACACACGAGGGUCCUGAACGGUCUCCUCAUUGGCGGCGGUAUCACCUUUGCAAUUUGCGCCAGCGCACUCGUAUACACUCUUGUUCAACGUCAUAUCAAGAACUUGCCAGAACUUCCCCAAGAUGUAGACGAUUUGGCUGCAGAAGCUAUUGAAGUGUAUGAUGAAUCAGCACCGCUAUUAGGACCCGAGUCCUUGACCGACGACGUCUAG